UCGUUUUCAACAUUUUAGCAUUUAUUAUUAUCAUAAAUUGUAAAGUUGAAUGAUAAAAACUAUGGAAGAAAAAAAACAAAGUGAAAAAAAAGCAACAGAAGCGGAAGAGGAGCCAAAUCGGAAUGUCACUGCGACGACAGAAGCGGUCGUCGACUCCAGUAAUACAAGCAAUGUUAUGGACACGGAUGAGGUACCAGCGAUCGCCGAGGAUACUCCGGAACACGACCCGCCCAAAAACAGCAAAGACCCCGAGGCGUCCGCAGACGCGAUAGGCGACGAACUGAGGUAUUUUGACGUACUGGACGACCUCGAGCGACAUACUACCAACCAGGAUGCCUCGGAAUCGGAGAGCUGCUCCAACGACAGCUCAUGCUCGGAAGUGCCUCCAGACGAAGUUGACAACAUGCUCGACGAAGCUCUACCGGAUGAAUUUAAGGGGCCAAAGAAGAAGGUGUAUGAACAAAAGGUCAAGCUCGUCCUUGAGGAGUUGGGUCACAACCACUUUGACGUACUGCCUGAGGGCUGGUUACAGGUGACUCACAACAGUGGCAUGCCCCUGUAUUUACACAAGCAAUCUAGGGUGUGCACAUUAUCCAAGCCAUAUUUUCUCGGGCCAGGUAGCGUGAGGAAGCACGAAGUGCCUAUAAGCGCCAUUCCCUGUUUGCAAUACAGAAGAGCCAUGCAGGAGCAGGAAGAGGAGAAGCAGAAGGAAAAGGAUGCAACGCAGACAGAGUCAUGUACCUUUCCUAAUGCUAAAAUUGAGACUAUACAGGAGAACAGAGCGACGCAGUCGAUUGAUGGCGAGGGUCUCAGGGAGUAUUGUCAGAGCCUGUUUAGAUUCAAAUCCAUCAAGGUAAUGAGAUUCAAGUCGUGGUCACAGAGAAGAAAAUUUACGAAGAGUAAAAAACAGCGCAAGCAGUUGGAACGUCCAACGUUGCCAGAUGGCACCAAACUGAUUACGUUUCCUGUUACCAACAACUCGGCCAACGCUUCGACACUAGAAGAAGAGCAGUCUGCCAACAGACCGUUAAAGCACUGGAUCAUGAAUCCAUCGGGUAAGAGUUACGUAUGUAUUUUGCAUGAGUAUGUGCAGCAUGCUUUAAAAAAGCAGCCCACAUACAAAUUUAAGGAAUUGGAAAACGCUGCCACUCCGUAUUCCGCUGUAGUUUAUAUCAACAAUAUGGAGUAUGGCAGUGGAUUUGGUAGUAGUAAGAAACAAGCCAAAGCCGAUGCAGCAAAGAACACUCUGGAAAUUUUAAUACCACAGAUGAAGGAUAAAAUAUCUGGAGUUGUAAAUGAUGACGCUUCUAAUUCUAGUCAAGUAGCAAAAAAUUCGGAAUUGAAUUCAGAUGGCGAUCUGUCGUUCUUUGAUGAGAUUUCAAUUUCUGAUCCUAGAGUAGCUGACUUUUGUGCUAAAACAACUGAACCUUUACCUCACACUAUUUUAAUAACAUGUUUACAAAGAAACUUUGGUCUUGGAGAUAUGCACAUUAAUUACUCAGUUAAUACAUUAAAGCAUCAACGCAACGAGUUUACCAUGAGAGUGGGUAAGCACGAGGCAACUGUCACGUGCAGAAAUAAAAAGGAUGGCAAGCAACGAGCUUCUCAAGCUAUAUUGCAGCUUUUGCACCCUCACAUCCAUUCUUGGGGUUCAUUGCUAAGGCUUUAUGGCACCAGAAGUGUUAAAACAUUUAAAGAAAAGAAACAGCUAGAACAAGAGAUAACUUUACUCCAGGGAAAGGCAGCUGUCAAUCAACCUAAUCAUGCUAUACUAGAUAAAUUACGUCAAGAGAUGACAAAGUUGUCAGAGCAAAGGCUAGCAAUAAGGCCCAUUGGAAAAUUCAUUCCCCCAGAUUUACCAACUAGAUCAUCCUCUAACUUGGACAAUGUUGACUUGUAAUGUGAUAAACAAAAUACCUGAAGUAAUUUGUUUU